ACUGGUGUGGCAAGUUGUCUCUCAGCCUGGGCAGGCAUUAACGUUUGGCUUGGCGUUACUCAAAAGCAAAAGAAAAGUAAACGGAAGAAGGAAGAACAAGGGAAAAGAUUGUCUUGAUUUUAAAACCAUGCAAAAACUGCAAAUCUGUGUUUAUAUUUACCUAUUUAUGCUGAUUGUUGCUGGCCCAGUGGAUCUGAAUGAGAACAGCGAGCAGAAGGAAAAUGUGGAAAAAGAGGGGCUGUGUAAUGCAUGUUUGUGGAGACAAAACACUAAAUCCUUAAGACUAGAAGCCAUAAAAAUCCAAAUCCUCAGUAAACUUCGCCUGGAAACAGCUCCUAACAUCAGCAAAGAUGCUAUAAGACAACUUCUGCCCAAAGCUCCUCCACUCCGGGAACUGAUUGAUCAGUACGAUGUCCAGAGAGAUGACAGCAGUGACGGCUCCUUGGAAGAUGAUGACUACCACGCUACGACGGAAACGGUCAUUACCAUGCCCACGGAGUCUGAUCUUCUAACGCAAGUGGAAGGAAAACCCAAAUGUUGCUUCUUUCAGUUUAGCUCUAAGAUACAAUACAAUAAAGUCGUAAAGGCCCAACUGUGGAUAUAUCUGAGACCUGUCAAGACUCCUACGACGGUGUUUGUGCAAAUCCUGAGACUCAUCAAACCCAUGAAAGACGGUACAAGGUAUACUGGAAUCCGAUCUCUGAAACUUGACAUGAACCCAGGCACUGGUAUUUGGCAGAGCAUUGACGUGAAGACAGUGUUGCAAAACUGGCUCAAACAACCUGAAUCCAACUUAGGCAUUGAGAUCAAAGCUUUAGAUGAGAAUGGCCAUGAUCUUGCUGUAACCUUCCCAGAACCAGGAGAAGAUGGACUGAAUCCUUUUUUAGAAGUCAAGGUAACAGACACACCAAAAAGAUCUAGGAGAGAUUUUGGGCUCGAUUGUGAUGAGCACUCCACAGAAUCUCGAUGCUGUCGUUACCCUCUAACUGUGGAUUUUGAAGCUUUUGGAUGGGAUUGGAUUAUUGCACCUAAAAGAUAUAAGGCCAAUUACUGCUCUGGAGAAUGUGAAUUUGUAUUUUUGCAAAAGUAUCCUCAUACCCAUCUUGUGCACCAAGCGAACCCCAGAGGUUCAGCCGGCCCCUGCUGUACUCCUACAAAGAUGUCUCCAAUUAAUAUGCUAUAUUUUAAUGACAAAGAACAAAUAAUAUAUGGGAAGAUUCCAGCUAUGGUAGUAGAUCGCUGUGGGUGCUCAUGAGAUUUAUAUUUGGUUCAUAGCUUCCUAAAACACGGAAGGUCUUCCCCUCAACAAUUUUGAAACUGUGAAAUUAUGUACCACAGGCUAUAAGCCUAGAGUAUGCUACAGUCACUUAAGCACAAGCUACAGUAUAUGAACUAAAAGAGAGAAUAUAUGCAAUGGUUGGCAUUUAACCAUCAAAACAAAUCGUAUAAUAAGAACUUUUAUGAUUUCCCGAGUUUUUGAACCAGGAGAUCAAAUUCCAUUUAUGUUCAAAUAUAUUGCAACAUAUGCCGGUGAAUGAAAGCAAUUCUCCUUGUCUUCCGGUGAAUUAAAGGAGUACACUUUAAAAUCUAUUUCUUUACAGUUUCACUUAAUAUUUACAGAAAAAUCUAUAUGUUGUAUUGGUAAAAUGCAGUAUUGUUAUAUACCAUUAUUUGAAACAUCCUUAAACACUUGAAUUUAUAUUGUAUGAUAGCAUACUUGGUAAGAUGAGAUUCCACAAAAUAGGGAUGGUACACCAUAUGCAAGUGACCACUCCUAUUCUGAUUGAUACAGUACAUUAACAGUUUAUGCCAAUGGUGCUAAUACAAUAGGCUGAAUGGGUGAUGUUAUCAGGUUUAUCAAGUAAAAAACAUUCAGUAAAGUAAUAAGUUUCUCCUUUCUUCAGGUGCAUUUUCACACUCCUCCCUAUGGGCAAUGGAUUUUCUAAAAAAAGAAAAAUCAUUUUUCUAGAGGUCUACAUUCAAUUCUGUAGCAU